GGAUGGAACGUCAAAGUUGUCAAAGUGACGUUUGGUGACAUUUCCUAUUGGUCUUAUAGGUUAUCAAAUUUAGCAAACAAAUAGUAUCAUAGUUUCACAGUUAGUUUGAAAAAUAAUAAAUUUCUCUUUAUGAGUUUGUAGAUACAAGCGGUUCUUGUAGUUUAAUGAGCGUAGUGAGCAUCAACGAUUACUGUAAUUACAUAAUAUGGAGGUUUGAUUGAUGCUAAGUAAUUUUUUUUAGUGUCAUUUUCAAGUUAGAUAAAUAUGGAAGGUGUUGAGGAAAACGUCGAGGAGAAGAGUGUCGAUGGAAUAGUUAAAUUGGCACAAGAGACAAAGAAGAUGCGGGUGGAGUUUGAUUGUCAGAGGGCUAAGAUGAAAGAAUUGUUUUUACAAAAAGAAGAUGAAUUGAACAAAAAUAAAAUGGAAACUGAUAAUUUAAUUAAAGAACUGGAGAAAGUAAAAGCUGAAUUGAAUGAGUAUCAAAGCAGAUUGCUUGUAGCUGACAUGCAAUUGGAAUCUAAUGUGGAAAAUGAGAAAAGAAAAGCUGCAGAGGAAAUAGCUACUCUUCAGCAAUUGGUGCAUGAAACCGUAGAGGAAUCUAGUUCUACUAGAUAUAUUUAUGGUUCUGAAGUGAGCAGACUGCAGGUGAUUAUUAAGAAUUUAGAGACUGAGAAUACAGAACUGAAAACUGAGAAGCAGCAAUCUCCACAUCACACAGUUCAGGAGACGUCUAGUUUAGCGCCCAGCGUGAUGCUGAGUGCAGUAACGAAGAAAUUAGUCAAGAAAUUGGGUGCUGACGCUUUCACAUCACAGGACGAUGACCAUAAAGAAGAUGAAUUGCUGAAGUCUUUGCUGGGGCCGCUCGAGGAAGAAAUUAAAGCUUUAAAGGAUAAAUUACGGUCAACGGAUGAUCAAUUGCAGAAGUGCAAACAGUGCUGCACACCGGAUCAUGAAAGUUCGUUAAUGGAUAAAUCUCCGGUGCAUAAUAUGGCAGCAGCGACUAAUACUUCGUUUGAUGGAAAGCUAGAGUUGAGGGCGUGCGAUAUGUGCAGCAAUUACGAAGCCCAAUUGGUUAAUGAGCAGAAGAGAGCGUCGAGCAUGGAACAGAAAGUGACCAACAUGGAAAAGUUGUUGGAAAGGCAGAAGGAGGAUCUGUUGAAGGAAAUCGCUUUCAGGAAGGACAUGGAAGAAAAAUGGAAUGAGAAACGAGAGGAGUAUAAGAAGGAAACCGGAGAGUUGAGCACGAAGAUGGAAUGUUGCGAGCAAGAUUUGAAGGAAUUGCAAGAGAUGUUCAAUCAAAGCACCGAUGAGAUGAAGGAGAAUCUAAUGUUCGUUACUAAAGAUAGGGAAAUGAUUCAGCAAGAACUCGACAGAUUGCAAAAACAAAACGAUAAUUUGGUUGGGAAAUACACUGCCCACUCGGAGCAGCUGCAGAGUGAAUUCAUCAAUUUACCAAGUGUCGUCGAUGAGUUGCAAGAGCUUUUGUUGAAAUCUCACCAGGAUUUGAUUAUUGCGAAAAUUGGAAAGGAAGCCGCUGAAGAGGUGACAAACAGUUUGAGAUCGGAGAUUAUGUUGUUGAAAGAUCAAAUAGAAAGCGAUCAAAUGAAUACGCGUCAAUUGGAAAACAGUCUUGUAGCUGAGUUGGAUCAAGUGAAGCAUACCAAUAUGAAGCUGGAAGAAGACAGAGGUAGGUAUUUGGAGAAUUUGGAUAGGUUGAAGAAGAAAAUAUCUUUGGCGCAAGAGAGAAUUGCAGCAGCGGAAAAAGAGUCCGAGGAAUUAAAGAAACUGAAGAAAAGCGUCGAUGAUAAAAACGCAGAAUUGAAGUCUCGUGUGGCGUCGCUUCAACAAGAGUUGGAUAACAGCGAAGCCGUUCAAAAGGAUUUCGUGCGUUUAUCGCAGAGUCUGCAAGUGCAACUUCAGAAGAUCAGAGAUUCCGAUGCACAAGUUCGGUGGCAGCACGACGAAGACGUCGACGAUUGCCCUUCCUGCAGGUCCGGAUUCACGUCUCAUAAGAGAAAAGAACACUGCAAGCAUUGCGGGCAGAUAUUCUGUUCGAUUUGCUUAAACCGUGAAGUCCCAUCUGGACCGCACAUGAGACCUUCGAAGGUCUGCGACGUAUGCCACACGCUUCUAGUCAAAUCGUCUGCUCCAUACUUUAGCAAAGAAGCACCGCACUCGCCGGAUUAAGGAAGGGCGGUAGUUAUUGAGGAAUAAAUUGUAGUCCAAUAAUGAUUUCUUAAUUUGUAAAACGAAAACGUUGAUGAUUAGAUAUUGUGAUUUUUGAACGAGGCGGUAUUUUAUUACAUUAGAUCGAAAACAUGUGGAGAAGGGUUUACUGUUUCUUUUUUAAGUGUUAUACAAAAGUUUUUAAAGAGUUCUAGGUCGAAACAGGAAAAAAAAAAAACGAGUGUGUUGUAAAAGUUAUAAGAAAUCGUUACGGUUGUUUUCCUCGAUAUUUGUUUGUUGCGAUGGUAACCAAAAUGGCGCAAAUAUAAAUAUUUAUAUAUUAUUAC